CCCCACUUUUGGGUGAAGUUUCGUUUCGUCUGAUUUCGAUUUCAUCAGCAGCUCCAACAAAAAAAGACAAGUCCACUGAAUUUCACACUCGAAGGAGCAAACUUUUUUUUUCUCUUUUUGCAUUUUUACAGUGAAAAUAAAGUUUUUGAAAGUGGGCGUUUUUGCUGGAACGAAAGUGAAUCUUGGAUUUUGAACAAGGGGCAAAAUGAAGUAAGAAUCGCUGAAGUGCAGAAGAAGGAUGUUUGUUUGCCCGACUGUGGAACCAGUUCUUCGUCGGAGAUGUUCCGGAUGGCCUUGCGGGCACUGUUGAUGUUGUCGCUGUAAGAGAAAGAGAGAACCGCGAGGGACGUCACAUCGCAGCUCCGGCGGUGUUACAUAAACACUUUUGUUUAGAUAGUGAAUCUGCCUGCUGCUGUUGCUCCAACCUUGGCCAUUGGAGUCGAUCGGGGGCUUUGGAGGGAAAGAGCGUCGAACUCCACCCGCUUUGAGCCUUUUGCGGAGGUGAACGGGGUCACUCGGCUGAGUAAACAAAGGAUUCCUCACGCCAUGAGCGACGAUGCUGGCCAGGUGAUAAAGAGCUGUUAUCAGAACAAAAACGACAAAGUGCCGAAAGCGUGAACAUUCUGAAAAGAAGAGGAACGACAAGAGGCAACUUGGCAGCGAUGGACAAACGAGCGUGACCGCGAGUUCGAAUCAGCUAGAAAGGCUCACACAUUUUAAGUUUAAAAAACCAUCAGCAAAGAGUAAUCAACAACGACGGAGCAGCAGCACGGAGGUUCGACCGCCAGGAUGGACUCCUCGAGCGGGGCCUUCAUCAAGACCAUCGAGUGGGACAUGAUGGACAAGAAAAAGUUCUUCCCGCUGUCGAUGCUGAGCUCCUUUUCGGUCCGGUGUGCCCUGUUUCCGCUGACCGUGAUCAAAACGCAACUUCAGGUCCAGUACAAGAACGACAUCUACAAGGGCAUGAUCGACGCCGGGCUCAAAAUCUACCGCGCCGAGGGCGUUCCGGGCCUGUACCGGGGCUUCUGGAUCUCGUCGGUGCAGAUCGUGUCGGGGGUGUUUUACAUCAGCACGUACGAGGGGGUGCGGCACGUGCUGAACCAGCAGGGCGCCAGCCAGCGGACCAAAUCGCUAGUGGCAGGCGGAUGUGCCUCACUCGUCGGCCAGACCAUCAUCGUGCCGUUCGACGUGAUUUCCCAGCACGCGAUGGUGCUGGGGAUGGGCGGUGUGGCGCGGGGAAGCAGUGUGAACCCGCUGGGGAUCGAGUACGACAAGGGGCGGAGCCGGCUGAGGAUAACGGUGGACAUUGCGCGGGAGAUUGUGCGGAUGGAUGGGUUCAAGGGGUUCUACCGGGGUUACACGGCCAGUUUGAUGGCUUACGUGCCGAACUCGGCCAUGUGGUGGGCGUUCUACCAUCUGUACCAGGACGAGCUGCUGAAGGUGUGUCCGCCGUGGGUUUCGCAUCUGGCGGUGCAGUGCGUGGCGGGAAGUUUAGGGGGUUUUACGACUACAGUUAUCACGAACCCGCUGGACAUUGUGCGGGCCCGGCUGCAGGUGCAACGGCUCGACUCGAUGCAGGUCGCGUUCCGUGAGCUGUGGCACGAGGAACAUUUCCACAUGUUCUUCAAGGGGCUGACGGCGCGGCUGGUGCAGUCCGCGGCGUUCUCAUUUAGCAUUAUCUUAGGCUACGAAACGAUCAAACGCGUCUCGGUGAACGAACAAUACAAACAUUUAAUAAAGUGGUGAUUUGGUAACGCAGCCGUCGCCACCGCCGGCUGGGAGAUGCUGUGGAAGCGGCAAUUGUCUCGGAAAUCUGAGAAUAGAGUUGGGCAAACCGACCGACAUCAAACAAAGCAUAAAACACUCUGUACAAUUAGCACACAAACACACACACAUACACGUUACUAACCAAAUAGGCUUGCAGAAACUGAGCAGCGCGCACAGCGAAGGAACUUAAGAAGCUUAAGAAUCGAAAGCGUUCAACCGGAAAGAGAAUAGGGAAGCGUUCCGUUUCACACCUCUUGUCACUGUUAGUCUCCGUUCUUUACAUGUCUCAUUUUAGGAGUAAUUUAUUUUACAAUAUGUACAAUUACAAUUGGCGCGCUUCUUCUAAGAGGGCAACUGUAACCGAUAAAAGUAUAUGCGCGUAAGCGAUGCUAGUAGAUGCGUGUUGAUUAUAUUUAUGCUGCUUUCUAAAAGCUACCUUUUUGUUGUAUAGAUUUGGCAAUUUUAUUUUAUUUUUCCUUUCUUACUGUGUAUAAAAAAAAAAACAAGCAACAAAGUGUAAUGUAAUAAUGCAAAUAUAAGUAGUUUGAAAAAAGA